AUGUCGUCCGAUCAAGUAGAUACAAAUCCUGAUAAGGAUAAACAACCUCCUGUUGAAGUGAUUGAUUGGAAUGGAUUAAUUCAAUAUACUCAAUUUUUAUGUCAAGGUCCAACAAGCAAAGUCAAGAUAUGUUUAAUUGAUGAAGAAGACGAAGAAAUUUGUAUACAAACCAAAGAUAACUUUGAUUUAAAUGUUAAAUAUGCACAAGAUCAUGGUAUUAAAUCUUUAACACUUGUUGUCUAUAUUGAUGAUAAACAUAUAUUUAAUGGAAUAUAUCAUAUCGAAAAACCGAUUAAAAAAAUGGCUUUUCCUAUUGAUAAAUUACAAUUACUUCAAGAUAAAGUUCUUGCUGAAAAAUGGUAUAUACCAGUUAAACAAGAUGAAGCAUUAGGCCUUUGUCUUACGGCAGCAAUUCAAAUAGCAGAAGAAGGCAAACUUGAAGAUAAUGCUGAUUGUAAACGAUUUAUUGAAAAUAUUUUACCGGAUGCACUUUACAAAUUACAAACUACUAAAUCAGUUUUUUCAUGGUCACGUGAAGUUCAAUGCGGAAUAUUUGAAAUGCUUGAAUUAUUUAUUGAUUUAAUUGGUACACGUCUUCGUUAUCCACCUGUACCAAUAAAAUUAUUAGAUACACUUGCUCUAACGUUUGAUACGACCACAGCGUUCUCCCAAAAACAUAAACAUGAACCUUUACCAUUACGACGUGUAUAUACAUUAAAAGAUGAAUUUUUCUUACGUGAAAAUAUUGGUAAUGAAACUUUUGGUUGGCUUCGAUCGCUUAUUCAACGUUUUAUUGCACAAAAUGGCUUACAAAAUAUUCGUUUACAAUUUGAAUAUAUUGAUUCUUCAAAUUCAACAAAAGCGGCAAUGGAAUAUAAUACAUUACUUAAAAUAUUUUCGAAAUGUAAUCUAUGUAUAGAUGCUCAUCGUUUUCAUUUAAUUUUUACACGACCAAUUCGUCAAGCAAUUCAAUAUCUUCAAACACAAACAACUUCUAAUGAAUUAAAAGAAUUAUAUGAAACAUUAAUUGAUAUUUGUUAUAAAUAUGAAAUAAGAGAUGAAAUAUCUAAAUUACGUACAUUACCAUAUAGUUCAAAUGUCGAUGAAACUUUAUCAACAUUUGUUGACAGCUGUUCAGAAACAACGCCGCUUAUUGAGGUAAAUAUUGAAAUUCAAAAAAAAAAAUAG